GAAAAUAAAACACAUUAUAUUUUAGACAGUUAAACCAAACAGUCAUACAAUUGGCGGCAGUGUAAAACAAAUUAACCAAAAUUCCAAAAAAAUAUUAAUAAAAAUGGCUGCUGUUGUAGAAUUAUCCGCAAACGAUGUGCAGGGUUUGUGUCGCCGCUAUUUUAAGGAUUAUGAAGCCAAAGAACAAGAGCAGCAAGAAAUUGGCCACGAUUUUGACAUCAACUAUUAUAAACUGAAACCCAUAUCAGAAGAUCCUUCGGGAUUUUUAGGCAAUCAUCGUUAUUUGAUAGUGGAGAUCUCCAAGAAAAAUGCUGUCAACCAAGAUUCCGUACAAAAGUUAAGAUUCUUCACCAAAUCUGCACCCAUGGAAAUUGCCUCACGCAUGGAGUAUAUGGAGCAAUUUGGUGUGUUCAAAAAGGAGAUUGCUGUCUAUCGUGAUGUCUUACCCAGGCUGCAAGAGAUUUUUGAGGGUAUAGCUCCCAAGUGUUAUUAUGCAGACAACAAUUGGUUGGUAUUUGAGGAUUUGCAUCAGCAAGGCUACAAAAUGGGCUCCGGAAGAGAUGGUCUCUAUGAUCGUGAACACUUAAAAUGUGCUGUUAAAAAUUUAGCAGCCUUGCAUUCGGCUUCCUUGGUGUAUGAGGUACAACAAAAACAAAAAUUCGAUGAAUUACAUCCUUUGGCUGCCAUAGAAAAUGCUUAUCCUAAAAAUUGUUCCAACGAUCAUGUACGUUUUCAAAAUUUUAGCAACGGCGUCCAAGUAUUUAAGGAACUGAUUAAACAAAUGCCCAAAUAUCAAAAUAACUUGGACUUUAUACUCUCAAAUAUCCAGAAUAAAAUGCAGCUUAUUUUUAAGCUAGUGCAAACAUCCAAGAAAUAUCAGAAUGUCUUUUCCCAUGGUGAUUUGUGGGCCAACAAUAUUAUGUUCCAGUACAGCAAAUAUGGUGACAUACCCAUACACUCCCGUUUUGUGGACUUUCAAUUGGCUCGCUAUGCACCUCCCAUGAUCGACCUAAUUACCAUUCUAACCAUACCCACUUCCAGGGAAUUCCGCUCGAAAUAUCUCAUGGAACUCAUAGCCGACUAUUAUCAUUUUAUGACCGAAUUCUUAAAACGUGAAAAACUUAACAUUAAAGAUUUCAUCACCGAGGAAGAACUAUAUGCUUCAUUGCAGGAGUUCCGUAUUUGUGGCCUCAUUGAAUCCUGCCUAUUUUCUCAUUUAACCAUAUUACCAUCAGAGUUAACUCAAUGUUUGACUGGCUCCGCAGAUGGUUUUACUGAUUUCUUUGAUCGCAAGCGUGUGGAGAUUUGUUUGAAAGCCUUCCAUACGGAUGAGACUUAUAGAACGAGAUUAACCGACAUGUUGGAAGAUUUAGUUGAUAAUUUUAUUUUAGUGCAGUAACUAUUUAACAAAAUAAAAAUAUACCUUAAUGUAAACAAAAUAAAUUAACAGCUUGUGAGUUUUAAAUUAUUUUAUUGAUAGAUAUUAAGAGAUUGUACUGAGUCAAUAUUUGUAUAGCAAAAGACGAGAGUAACAGAUUGUAAAAUUUAUGGGCUAAAUAAUAAAGAUUUACGUUUUAAUAAUGAA